UAUAUAUUUUUUCUUUCCACUUAAAUUUUCACUAGUUUGUAUUUUUUCACAUAAAAUACAAAGUCCAAGUUUGUGGUUCCAACAUAGGAAAAUAUGAGAGUUUAGGGAGUUCAGGGGAAUACUUCAAUCAGAGACUGGAAAAUAGUCAAAGAUGAGAAUAAAAUCUGUUCCCGUCUUAGUGUCUUAGUUUUAUAAAACAGCAGGUAAGAGAUUUUGUGUUCGUGCACAAAUUUCAUUGCUUGUCAUCAACACAUGGUAGCAGGCCAUGAAGGAAGCAAUACACAAUGUAUAUCCUGCAAAGCGAGACCAGCAGAACUUCCUUCCCUCCUCGACUCAGAGGAACAAAAAUGUUCAUGUUGGCUCCAUUACUGUGUUCAUUCAGCCUAAAUACUCCCUGUAGUUCUUAUGAAUGGUAAGAAGUGAUGUCAGGGAAAACUGAGACAGGAAGUUCAGAGAGUGAUUAUUUUUUUAAAAUGUGCUGCUGUGGGUGUCGGGGGUGCUUUGUGUUGACUGAAAACAUCACGUUUAGUUGUUUUUUCCACUCCUCUCUGCCACGCAGUGCUGUUACAGUAAACUGUGCAGUUUGUGUCUUUCCUCAGAUCAUAAAAAAAUCCUGGUUAACUGUUUUUGUCUCAGAGCACAAGGUGAUUAUUGUGGGUCUGGACAAUGCGGGGAAAACCACCAUCCUUUACCAAUUUCUGAUGAAUGAGGUUGUUCAUACAUCGCCCACCAUUGGGAGUAAUGUGGAGGAAAUAGUGGUGAAGAACACCCACUUCCUCAUGUGGGACAUAGGUGGACAGGAAUCGCUGAGGUCCUCCUGGAACACCUAUUACUCCAACACAGAGUUCAUUAUUCUGGUGGUGGACAGCACCGACAGGGAGAGACUGGCCAUCUCUAAAGAGGAGCUCUACAGGAUGUUGGCUCACGAGGACUUGCGGAAAGCAGCUGUGUUAAUAUUCGCCAACAAGCAGGACAUGAAGGACUGCAUGUCGGCAGCGGAGAUCUCCAAAUACCUCACCCUGAGCUCCAUCAAAGACCAUCCCUGGCACAUUCAGUCCUGCUGCGCUCUGACAGGAGAGGGUUUAUGUCAAGGCCUUGAAUGGAUGACCUCCAGAGCUGGACUCAGAUAGCCCCCCUGUCCUGCCAUCAAUGCCUGACUACCUGCACCUCUCCCUAAUGAGGUGGCACACCAUUUUUGUCCUUACUGGCUUCAUUUUUUUUCUUCAAAAAAACAAGAUGUUGUUGAUGUUGACACAACAAGAGGCAGCACCGCCGACGGACCACCACAAAAUCAUUUUGUGGAGUCGGAGCAAAAACAAAGACUGCGAAGAAGGUUGUCAGUCAAGGACAAUUUACACUACAUACAUAUCAUGUCGCGUUACAUCUCAUCAAGCUGAGUACUUUAAGGGAACUUUAAUAUGGUGCAGCUUUCUUCAGGUUAAACGGAGGAGUUACACAGUAUUAUGAAAGCAGCUCCAAUGAUUAUAUUCACACUAAGAUGUUCUAUUAAUUUGACACAAUAAUGUUUUAUUUGGUUCUCAUUCUAAGCACAGAUGUUUGUUACAUUUUGUUUCAGGUUCAUAAGUUACAGUCAUCAUGUCUCUCAUUCAUUUGGAGUUUUUAAACCAACCUGUUUUUUUUCUUUUAUGCCAUAAAUGAUCCAGCCAAUGUUGACAUGCUAAAUUUGGAAGAUGGAAAAUCACUUAAACAUCAAUUGGACUGCAAGUGGAAGCUUGGUUUUAACAGUAUUUCUCAGCAUUUUAUAAACGAUGCAUUGAGUUAUUUUAGUUUUGCUCUAUAGUGAUUUUAGUGAAUAAGAGGUUAGUUUGUAGGCUUAUUUUACUCAAUCUUUCUCUUGAACUGUUUUUGUACAAUUUAAACAAAGGGAUCAGCAGAAGCCACUAUGAAACAGGUGCCAAGCGUUUAGAGGAAACUGUCGCUCAUGAACUGCUUGCACCGCAAGGUUCGGUGUCCCACCGACUUGAUGUUUCAGCUCUGGUACUUGAUGUUCAGCCUUAACUCAACCUCUCUAGUCUGCCUGAUUCUUUUCCUCUUCCGGCUUGUCAAAUGAAUCCUUUACCAUCACAUCUAUGCACGUGCCACUUUGAGAACUUGUUGUACAAGUUCAGGCGUGGCCAUAUUUGGAGGCGCAUGGCUUACAGUGAGCCUGAGUCGUCAGGCGGCCAGAUAAACAGGAAGUUGAACCAUGCACCUGUUAACUCUGCGGCAGUGAGGCUUCCAGCUGGAGCUCACAAAGCAAGGAAACGGGUCACAUGCUGUGGUGACAUCUCGUCUCCAUCAUGUACUGCAUUUGUUUUUUCAUUAAACAGUUGUUUUUGAACAA